UUCAGUGUGGAAGUUCAAAGCGAAAUCCCUUUUAAAAAACCUCAAACGUAAUUUAUACGUCAUUAAAAUGGUCUUUUUAUACGUUUCACAACCACUCAAGUUUGUCCACGACCUGUUUCCGUAGCUCUCAUUCUCGCCGCAUGCGUACUACCUACCUUUAGAACGUCUUGCUUUUCACGCGUGUUGAGAUCUACAAUUCAGCAAAGUCUGUUUUAAGCCAGAGCUUGAGUUAAUAUAAGACGUGUUGUUGAUCGAUAUGGGAGGACAGGCUAAGGGCAAACAGAAAAAUAAACCGAAGAGGAAAGAGAAUCGCCCAACCAGGGGAGAUGCAGGAUUUGUUGGGUUGUCACCCCAGGACAGGGUGAAACUUAGAAUGCAUGAGAAAGCCAAGAAGAAGACAGCUGAGAAAUACACUGUUCAGCAGCUACUAGAAAAGACAGAGGAAUGCAUGGACGGUUUUGACUUUGACAUGGCUGGCCUUUUCUGUCAACGAGCACUGGAUGUGGAGCCCACCAACCUGCAAGCUCUCGAUAUGCUGGGACACAUCUGCUCUGAACAAGGAGACACCACCAAGGCGAAGGGAGCUUUUCUGCGUGCAGUGGAGCUGAGCCCUGAUGUAGGCCACAGUAAGUACAUGUACCUUGGACAGGUCCACACUGGCCAGGAGGCUGUCGACUACUACACCAGAGGGAUACAGGUCCUACUGUCUGCAUUGGACAAACAAGCACAGACCACAGCUCAGGCUGGAGCUGCUGCCCAACCAGAGGACGCUGAUCUUCCAACAGUGAAGGAUGCCAGUGUAGCCUACUGCUCACUCGCCGAGAUUUACCUAACAGACCUCUGCAUGGAAGAAGGAGCUGCAGACAAGUGCAAAGACUUUAUUGAGAAAGCAUUACAGUAUCACCAUGACAACCCAGAGGCUCUACAGCUCAUGGCCAGUUACCUGUUCAGUACAGAGAGAAACCAGGAGGGCAGAGAAUACCUGCUGAAGAGCGUUGGACUGUGGCUUCCUGCCCAGAAGGAGAGCGUUGCUUCUUCCAACGCAGAAGGAUGGAUGCAGAGUGAGGUUCCUCCGUACGAGUCCCGCAUCACAACAGCCAAACUGCUCAUUGAAUCGGAAGAAUACGAGAUGGCCGUAGAUGUGUUGGAGGGACUUCUUGAAGAGGAUGACGAGGUCGUCCAGGUGUGGUAUCUCUCUGGCUGGGUGUGCUACCUCCAACUGGAAAAGGCAAAAGAGCAGCAAGAUAGAGAAGGGAGGGAAGUGACGCAGGAGGAGACCGAGGAGUGGAAGGCACUGAAGGAGGCAGCCAGGUCGUACCUGACUAAAGCUAAGAAGCUUUACAAUAAGCUGCAAUGUGACGACCAGCCGAUUUUAGAGCAUGUGGAGCAGCUGCUGGGUGAGCUGGGGGGAGAGAUGGAGGCAGAGGAGGGAGACCAUGACUUGGAAGAAGACUAUGAACCCUGUAGUGAUGAGGAGGAGGUCGAAGCAGAGGCAGCCAUGGACUUCUGAUUUCAAAUCCCACCAUCAUAUUUUCUUUCGUUUUACCGAGUGCUCUAUCUACAAAGUGCCUUUAUUUGACUGGUUAUCCUUUCACACCCACUUAUCAGCAGUGAAAUAUUAUAUAAUAUAAUAUAAGUGAGAUGCACGAAAAUAGUGCCAUUAAAAACUGCAGUCCACUCAAUCUCUUUGAGGUCAGUUGUUUAAUGAUUUUGGUGAAAUAAAUGCUUACUUGAGUAAUACUUACUUUAAUCUCUUUGACAGAAGGUUGUUGAUGAAAGAAAUGCGUUUUAGAGCUUUAUGUUUGUGCUGCGGCAAAAGCAAAAUGAUGCCUUUUCCUUACACACACACACACAUACAUGGUUUCUAGGAGCAAAGGUACACAAUAGAUGUGUCUACUGCCCGACAAAACAUUUUCAUAGGCAACAAUUUUAUUUCAACAGCUCCUCUUCAGUUCCCUCUCAAGCGCAUAUCAUCAUUCAGCAUAUCAUUAAGCAUGAUUAGAUUAGAUUAAAGUAAGUUAAGUAAAGCUCUUUUAUUAUCCAAGUCCAAUGAUGUACAGUGCUUGAGUUUCAAUGUUGUUCAGUUUAUUCUCUUAUUUUGGCUGUUUUUCACUUCCUAAACUGUAUGUUAACUCAGUGGAUACAACAAGACAAGACACAAUAGAGAGAAUUUGACAUCAACCUUUCUUCAUUUUUUCUUUUCUUCUUUUCUGUGCUAUCUAAAAAGGCUGGUUCAAUGUUUGAAAAGGUAGGAACACCUUGCAACUGAAGAUUUUUUAUUAUUUUUUUAUUGAAAUUCUCAGACAAGGACAUGUAAAAAUAAUGGGACAAUUCUUUAAAUUCUGACAUUUGAACAUCAUUUUGUAACCAACGCUGAAAAAUAAAAAAAAAUACAUCUACUACA